AUGAGUGAAUCUAAACCUAGAGAUGAAAAUCUUUCAUCUAAUUCCAAAGGGGCAUCAUCACCUGUAUCACCUUCUAUCAAUUCAACAAGUACAAACGGUAGCACACCUGCAUCAGCAGCAUCAGCAGAAGCAUCAGAAGGUGCCAAGGAUCCCACUGAUAAAGUGUUAUCUAACAAAGAAUUAAAAGAAGUUGAAGAAAAAGAAAAAGCAGCUAAGAGAGCAGCUCAAAAGCAAGCUAGUGGUAUAUCCAUUGAACAACAACAACAAAGUGCUCAAUUGAAAAAGGAGAAAAAACAACAACAACGUGAAAAGCAACUUCGUGAAGAACAAAAGAAACUCGAAAAGAAAAAUAGGAAAUUAAAUUUCAAACAACAGCAACAAAAAUUAAAAAGUACAUUAUUUGGUCAUUUGGAAACUACUGAAGAAAGAAGAGCUACCAUUUUAGCACUUUCUAGUGCCUUAACAUCUCCUCAUGCUUCAAGAAUUACAGCCACCGGGUUAAUGGUUCCCAUGGUAGCAAGUGCCAUUUCAGGUUCACAAGUGUAUACUACUUCAUCACUAGCGAAUACUAUAAUCAAUAAUGACAAUACCUCAUCUUCAACUAAUAUUAAUACUUCAGCUGCAGCAACAGCAUCUGCAGUAAGUCAAAUGGAUACAGCUUUACAAUCCAGUUCAAAUAUCCCACCAACGAUUUCCAAUGCUAAUGAAUUAGGGAAGGCAUUAGCUACCAUUACAUUAGAAUCUGAUAAACAAACGUUAGUCCCCGGUAUCACUAGUAUCUUAAACCAAUCCACUUUUGAAAAUAAUCCAUCAUUAGUAUCUAGUAUAAAGGAAUUAUUAAGUAAUAAAGAUUACAUUCACCCAGCUAUUCAAUUAUUAACUUCUCAUUUAGCUAAUUAUAAGAUAGUUGGAUCGAUACCACGUUGUAUAGCGAUGUUAGAAGCUUUCCAAAUUGUAAUUCAUGAUUAUCAAACACCGAAGGGAACUACUUUGUCACGUAAUUUGACUAAUUAUUUAUCUCAUCAAAUUGAUAUUUUAAAGAAGGCAAGACCGUUAAGUGUUACCAUGGGGAAUUCAAUCAGAUGGUUGAAACAAGAGAUUUCUUUGAUUGAUCCUGGGAUGAAUGAUUCUGAAGCAAAAUUGGAUUUAUGUGAGAAGAUUGCACAAUUUGCAAAGGAGAAGAUUGAAUUAGCUGAUCAAUUAAUUAUUGAUAAUGCAUCUAAUCAUAUUGAGAAUGGUGCUACUAUUGUUACAUAUGGAUCAUCAAAAGUUUUAACUGAAAUGAUUUUACAUAAUGUAUUAAAAUUAAAGAAGAAUAUUAAAGUUAUUGUAGUGGAUUCAAGACCGUUAUUUGAAGGUAGGAAAAUGGCAGAUAAAUUAAGAGAAAAUGGUGUUAAUGUGAUGUAUUCUUUGGUUACUAGUUUGAAUACAAUUUUCAAUAUGGAUGUGGAUUGUGUAUUUUUAGGUGCACAUUCCAUUUUAUCUAAUGGAUUUUUAUAUUCUAGGACUGGUACAGCUAUGAUUGCCAUGAGUGCUAAUAGAAGAAAUAUUCCUGUUUUGGUUUGUUGUGAAAGUUUGAAAUUUUCUCAAAGAGUUCAAUUAGAUAGUGUUACGUUUAAUGAAUUAGCAGAUCCGAAUGAUUUAAUAACUAUUGGAUAUGAGAAUCCUGUAGAGAAACGUGGUAAUAAGGGUAUUUUAUUGAAGCAAUUUAUUAAAGAACGUAAUGAAAUGAAGAAACACUCUGAGCUUGAUAAUACUACUAAUCAUAAGAAGCAACAACAACAACAACAACAGGGGAAAUCGGAUGGAUCUAAAGGGAAGUCUGGUAAAAAUGGAGUAUCAACUGAUAAUAUUACAGCAAAUGAUUCAGACAUUACUGAUAAGAAUAUCUUAGAUGGAUGGCAAGAAUUACCUUCAUUAAACAUUGUGAAUAUUCUUUAUGAUUUAACGCCACCAGAAUAUAUAAAGAAAAUCAUCACGGAGUUUGGAGCAUUACCACCAUCAUCAGUUCCUGUUAUCUUAAGAGAAUAUAAAGGAUCAGCAUAA